UUCUCCGCGCGCAGAAUUCCUGCCAGGCCAGCGCGUCCUGUUCUGAAUUCUUACCCAUAUUUAGACCUGGUCACCACCCCCGCCCAGGGAUUAGCCCGACGGGUCAUUCGUUAAAGGAAGUGACUGCCGGCAGCUCUUGACCCGGAAGCGGAUUCCGGUCCCGCCCCCUCCGCCUCAGGCUUCCUUCUGCAACAGGCGUGGGUCACGCUCUCGUUUGCUCUCUUUUUGCCGCCAUCUUGGUUCCGCGUUCCCUGGACAGUAAGUGCUUUCGGUGCCGCUACUCUAUCCGCAACCAUCCGCCUUUUUUCGGGCUAAGCCGCUCCGGGAACUGAGAGUUAAGGAGAGUUGGAGGCUUUAUGGGGCCACAGGGUUAUUGCUCGCCCCUGGGCCUUGGGACAAAAUGGGGUCUGCGGCUGGUGUCCUGGCAAAAGCGGAGCAGUAGGGCUGCGGUCCGGACCGCGCCGGGCAUCCAGGCCUAAGAAGAGAAAGGAUAGCUGCGGUGUUGGGGGCGAAAGCAGAGUGCGUCAGUCGUCCAGAACGGCUUCAUGAGAUCCGUGGGAGGUUAAAGGGUCACAGCCUUAGAACCCCCUUCUAAUUGUGACAAGCAAGCGUUGGGACUUAAGGCACCUUCUUUGCCUUCCUGUUCCCAAAAGUCGGCAAACGACAGUCUGGAGGCUCCAGUCCAGGCGGUGUGAAUGUCAGGAGGGGAGGAGCUCGAAGUAGCAUCUGAAGCCCCCGCUGGUCGGGAGCCAGGCCGGGAUCUUCUUCCUCGGGUUGAGGACGUAGUGGUGAUUGCUGGCUCUGGGAUUCGGAGUGUGGAAUAGAACGAAUCCUGGGCACUGGGAAGUCUGCUCUCGGCCGAGGGAAGAGGCUCGAAAUGCCCGGUGAAGCCACAGAAACCGUGCCUGCUACCGAGCAGGAGUUGCCACAGCCCCAGGCUGAGACAGGGUCUGGAACGGAAUCUGACAGUGAUGAAUCAGUACCAGAGCUUGAAGAACAAGAUUCCACACAAGCAACCACACAGCAAGCCCAGCUGGCAGCAGCUGCUGAAAUCGAUGAAGAACCAGUCAGUAAAGCAAAACAGAGUCGGAGUGAAAAGAAAGCACGAAAGGCUAUGUCCAAACUGGGUCUUCGACAGGUUACAGGGGUUACUAGAGUCACGAUCCGGAAAUCUAAGAAUAUCCUCUUUGUCAUCACAAAACCAGAUGUCUACAAGAGCCCAGCUUCAGAUACCUACAUAGUUUUUGGAGAAGCUAAGAUCGAAGACUUAUCUCAGCAAGCACAGCUAGCAGCUGCUGAGAAAUUCAAAGUUCAAGGUGAAGCUGUCUCAAACAUUCAAGAAAACACACAGACUCCAACUGUACAAGAGGAGAGUGAAGAGGAAGAGGUUGACGAAACAGGAGUGGAAGUCAAGGACAUAGAACUGGUCAUGUCACAAGCAAAUGUGUCGAGAGCAAAGGCAGUUCGAGCCCUGAAGAACAACAGUAAUGAUAUUGUAAAUGCUAUUAUGGUACGUGUCAGAGCCUUUAUUUCUUGGCGCCUUCUCCUGUGGUCAAAUAUGAGUGAUUUUUUUCUUGAAAGCAGGACUUAUUAAGAGGACAGAAAAGCUCCCCCAUUGGGAAGGGACCCGAGGAGGAAACCCUAAAUAUGAGUGGCUUUAUUCUCUCUGCUGAAUAUCAGCCAGUUGGGAAGCCUCAUUCUCAGUUGCCUUAGGUUUAGUGACCUCCAUUCUCCCAAUUUGCCUGUAAAUAACUAUCCCUAAUUUUAUCUUUUUUCUCUUACAGGAAUUAACGAUGUAACCAUCUAAAAUGACCUUUUUUUGGUGAUUCAAAAGAGACCUACAGCUUGGUUUGAAAUUUGUACUGUUUCUAUCAUUAAUAAAGUUAUGGCUUCUUGUUGGAUGAACUCA